UUACUAUGGGGUAAAUACGGUAACGAAUGUGAUUUGAAGAAGGCUGUGCACGUGAAAGCGGUGGCGUCACGUGCUUAAGGUGCAGAGGAGAGGGCAAGAAACACCACUCGAGGCCUUCGCGUCACACAGGCGAGCUGUUGUCUUCUUUGUUCGGAAUGGAUUCACCACAGCAGGAAAAUCUUGACUCCGUUGAAGAACUACACAUUCCUGGUCAACCUAACAAAGCACAGGAUUCUGUUGAAGGACUUGCAGACAGAUCUACAGCCGGUUGGGCAGUAGUCUCGGAGUUGGAAGGGGAUGAGUUGGCUUCAAACUCGGAUGAAGAGAGACGUUUCGAGAGAGCAGAAAGUAAGGCACAGCGCAGAAAGCGCCCUACUUCUUUCAAUUCCCGUGGUAGAGGUUAUAGUCCUUAUCCUUCUGCAACUUUCCCCAAUCCUAACAGCGAAUUACCCAAACAGGCCCCUCAGGUUCAGCAGAACCAGCCCUUUCGUUUUCAACCCAGGAAAACACCACUUCCAAACCAACAAUGCUACUUUUGCGGAGCCUUUGGGCACUGGAGAGCCACAUGUCCCCUUGCAGCCGCCCAGAGGUCAUCACAGUCAAGUAAUUUCAACCCACCACAAGGACUUCAGCCUACAGAGGCCUGCAAAAAGCAGUGAUUAUUCAGGGGAUCAGAACUCAAGCAGAAGUAUUAAAAGAAAAACUAACAUGGAUUUGCCACAGGUCUCCCGUUCAAUAUCAGAACAGCCUAGUAGUAGGUCACAGCUUGAUGUUUCACCCAUAGACAAAGUCAAACCUGAAACCAGAGACAUGUUCUCCUCCGGUAUCUGGAAGCUGAAGAACAAUUUAGUUCAUACAGACCUUAUUGAUCUAGCAGGACAUAUGCCAGAUUUAGUUCUCAAGUCUAAGGCCCCAGCGACAGUCUAUAAGUAUGAAAGAUCUUAUAAUAGUUGGAAAAAAUGGAGUUCAAAAUUUAAGGAGAUUACAUGUUUGCCUGCUCAUCCAUUUCAUGUUGCUUUGUAUCUUACAUCACUUGUUCAGGGAGGUAAGAAAGCUCCAUCUGUCAUGGAAGCUAUUUACGGUAUUAGUUGGGCGCACAAGCUUGCAUGUCUGCCAGAUCCUUGUAAACAUGAUUUGAUUGUGAACAUCAGAGAAGCGGCAUUAAGAACGUGUAGUACUCCAGUCAAGAAAAAAGAACCUGUUACUUGUGACACGUUAAAGAAAUUGGUUAGUAUAUCUGGGAAAACUCCCUCUCUACUUGAUUUAAGGUUUUUAACAAUGUCACUUUUAUCUUUUGCUGGGUUUUUCAGAUUUUCUGAAGUAGUGAAUAUCAGACGGUCAAACAUUAAAUUCAAGGAUGGCUUCAUGAGUAUUUUUGUUGAGAACAGUAAAACUGACGUUUAUAGGGAUGGGCGUCAUGUUUUGAUCGCUGCUACAGGCUCAGAUCUAUGUCCAGUAAAUAUGCUAAACAGGUACCUGAUUGCUGGAAAUGUUGCUGAAACUUCCAAUGAAUAUAUUUUUCGUCAACUUUCCUUCUGUAAAUCUGUACAAAAGUAUGUACUUAAAGGUCAGAAACCUUUAUCAUAUACCAGAGCGAGGGAAAUCUUUAUUGAGAAAUUCAAACUAAUUGGUGAAGAUGUCAAAAAAGUGGGUCUUCACAGUUUUCGGUCAGGAGGGGCGACUGCUGCAGCUAACGCCGGAGUAACAGACAGACUGUUCAAGAGACACGGACGCUGGGCGUCAGAUAAGGCCAAAGACGGUUAUAUCAAAGACAAUGUUUCUGAACUGUUGAGUGUGUCAUCAAUGUUGGGAUUGUAAAUAAGUCGAAAUAAA